AACAAAAUUCCGUUAAAUUCUAAUUGUUUUCAGGUUCAGCAGCGAUAAACGCAGAACAUGCACGGAGAAAUACGUUUGGGCCUAUUCCUGGUGGCAUGGGUGAAGCUGAUGUCAGUGCCUGGAAUGAAAAUAUAUAUUUACCAUCUCCAGCCGGCAUAGGAUCACCAGCGGCUGUCACAGAACAUGCACCAGGGAACAUUUGCUGGAUCAUUCCAAGAGGCCAGGAGCUUAUUGUCGUCUGCAGGACAACAGACUUGCCUCUACUGUCAAGAUCUAGAUACCAGCAGUAUGACCGCAUUGUGGUCUUAAGAGAACCGAGACACGCUUUAGUUCCAUCAGGAGGUCGGCUUUCUGCUAACGAGUAUGCUGUCGGACUUGGAGAGUUUCUUUUCAAAUUUAAUAAAGGCACAGACGCUUUAACUUUGGCUUUCUAAACUACACAGAUUGUUUCAGCAGCAAGUUCAAAUACCUGACAAAAAUGUGCUAGUCAUACCAAAGAGUAUGUUUCACUAAACUAAAAUUAAAUGUUUAAUCAAAGCUUAUUGAAUUGAUAAAAGAUAUAGAACUUCAUAUCAAAUAUCUAUAUAUCAAAAUACCUGCUGACUUGGUAAUCUGUGUUAACUAGAAUAUAAACGGAAUUUCUGACACUGCGGAAAAUGGUUCCGUAUACGGGAGUGUACGCAUUCCGUAUACUCCUAAUAUACGGGCGUAUACGGAAACAUCCCGUAUUCUUUAAUUGAAAGUUCAUGUUUUUCUCACAUGGAUCCGUUCAUUCAUACUUAGCAUAAAUACGUUUCAACAGUUUAUGUCAGUAUUCAAAGUUAGGGAUUGGCAAGGUUCAAAAGUAUGUUUAAGGCGUAGGUUUUGAUCAUACUUUCAGGAAAGAUACCUUUUAUAUGAUAUUCGUAUAUUAGACAUAUACGGGACCGUAUACUCCCGUAUAUGCACACAUUUUUCGCAGUGUGAUAUCAUCAUUUUGUCAAUUUUGCUGUAAAAAAAGAUUAAAAUUGUAAGCCUGGAUUAUCCACUUUAAUAUGAACACUGUGUUACUUGGCGUCGGAUAUUACUGCUCUGAAAUUUGUUAUCAGCUAUGCAAUUUUUCCUUGUAUGCAUCUCAAGGAUCUACUUCAUAGCUUUUGUUGACAAUGGAUAUGUAGCAGUGUGUAUAUAAUGUAUAUAUUUGAUCUGUGAUAUCGAUUGUCCGAUUAGCUCAGUUGGUAGAGCAUAGCUUUUUGUUGACAAUGGAUAUGUAGCAGUGUGUAUAUAAUGUAUAUAGUAGAUCUAUGAUAUCGGUUGUCCGAUUAGCUCAGUUACUUGCAAGCAGAAGGUCGCAGGUUCGAGUCCUGUAUCGGGCAUUUGUCCGCUUCUAUCACAGAUAUUGUUAGUAAAUCAUUUUCGUUUAAAUUAUCACAUAUAUAUUUAUAUAUUAAAAUAAAUUUUGUAAAUAGAAAGAUUUCUUGUA